AUGGUCGAGCCAGGCGCUCUAGCCCGCCGUCUCGCUGUCCCCGGAGGUGGGGCUGUGCCCCCUGGCGGAGGCGGACGGGGAGGUGUCGCGUCAUGGCGGCGGGGAGCGGUGUCGCGGCCGGUGGUGACAGAGCAGCUGCGUUCUGGCCGAUAAAAGAGUAACGAAGAGGAGGACGGAGAGAGAGAGCCUUUGGAGGCUGCCUGGCACCUGGGCGGGGGACGCUGCAGGGAACCCCUCAGGAGAAGAGGAAGAGAAUAGUGGCAGUGAGGGAGAGGAAGGACUGAGAGGCAGAGCUGGAGCUGGUGAAGAAGAGAGAUUUGUUUCGGGCGUUGCCAGGGCAGGUCCUUGCCAGCAGCGAGCAGCGGCAGAGCCUGGUUAUUGCGGGGGGGGUGGUACAGCUCUCACGGCCGCUCUGCAGCACCAAGAGCAAAGGAGCUGGGGGAAAGAAGCAGAGCCCUGCAGCCCAGGCUCCCCAGCAGCUCCCUGCUGCAGGAGCUCUGUGCCCAUACCCUGAUCCUGGGUGCCACUGAGCUCUGGUCAGGGCUGAGAUGCCUCUCUUCUCCCGCAAGAAGAAGCCCAGCGAGGAUGCUCGGAAGCGCCUCGAGUACCAGAUGUGCCUGGCUAAGGCAGCUGGUGCUGAUGAUGUUCUGGACAUAUCCAAGUGUGAGCUCUCAGAGGUUCCUUAUGGGGCCUUUGCAACCUGCAAAGUCUUGCAGAAGAAGGUGCUGAUUCUUCAUACAAAUAACCUGACCUCUUUAGUGCCCAAGUCCUGCAGCCUGCUGAGUCUCAUCACUCUGAAGGUUCUAGACCUGCAUGACAACCAGCUGGCAUCGCUCCCUGCCGACAUUGGCCAGCUGGCAGCUCUUCAGGUCCUAAACCUUGAAGGGAAUCUUUUAGCAUCCCUCCCAGCAUCCAUAGGAGACCUUGCCCAGCUCCAGCUGCUCAACGUGAAAGGGAACGGGCUGAGGGAGCUGCCUGGCACCGUGAGCGGCUGGCGCAGCCUGCGCGCCCUGGACGUCAGCGGGAACGCGGUGCGGGCACUGCCGCGGCAGCUGGCACACCUCCGCACGCUGCAGACGCUGACCCUGGACGCUGCUUCCAUGACCUACCCUGCGCCCGAGAUCUGCAGUGCAGGCACCGAGGCCAUCCAGCAGUUCCUCUGCAGAGAGUGUGGCAUUGUCUACUACCCCCCCUCACAGUACCUGCUGCCUGCACAGGAGGCUGAUGGAGGAGGAACCUCUGUGGAUGAGGUGGACAAGACAGUGCAGAAGUACUUGGAGGAGGAGAGCCAGUGGCAGGACAGAUUCUUGGAUUAUGAGAAGAGGAAGGAAAAGAAGCUGCAGGAGAAGCUGGAGUUCGAGCGACGCCUGGACAUGGGGCAGAGGGAGCACGCCCUGCUCCUUCAGCAGCUCAGCAGCCAGAAGGAUGAGAUCCUGCAGACAGUCAGAGAGGACCAGCUGAAGCUGGAGGAGGGCCUGACAAGGCACCAGCGCUGCUUGGAGGAGGAGCGCCUGAAGCUGCUGCAGCAGUUGAAGCAGGCAGAGCAAGGCAUCACCAGCAGGAUCCAGAAGCUGCUAGAAGACAACCAGAGGCAAAAACAGAGUUCAGACAUUCUGAAAUCCCUGGAGGAUGAGAGGAUGCGCAUGGAGCAGCUGAUGGCGAUCACGCAGGAGGAGGCCGAGCAGCUGCGCAGGAGGGAGGUGGCAGCUGCCAUGCAGCAGAUGCUGGCUGAGAGCUACAAGAACAAGCUCCUGCAGAUGUCCUACGAGUCCCGGCGGCAAGACCUCGUCAGCCAGGCCUGCUCCAGCCUGGCUGAGAUGGACCAGAAGUUCCAGCAAAUCCUGGCCUGGCAGCAGCUGGAUCAGAACAAAGCUGUGGGUCAGAUCCUGCAGCAGAUCGAGAUGCAGAAAGCUGCCUUUGAAGCUCUCCAGGUGAAGAAGGAUCUUAUGCACAGGCAGAUCAGGAACCAGAUUAAAUUAAUAGAAACAGAGUUAUUGCAGCUGACACAGCUGGAGUUAAAGAGGCGAGAACUGGACACAGAGACGCUGCAGGAGCUGAUCUCGGAGCAGCGCCACGCACUGGGCUGCCUGCUGCAGCAGCUGCUCAAAGACAAGAAGCAAAGGGAGGAGGAACUGCAGCAAAUGCUGCUGGAAAUGGAGGCGAAGAGCGAGACGAGGCAGGAGAACUUCUGGCUGAUCCAGUACCAGCGCCUGCUCCGCCAGAAGCCCCUGUCCCUCAGGCUCCAGGAGGAGGGCCUGGAGCAGCAGCUGGUGGCCCUGCUGCUGGAGCUGUCUGCUGAGCAGUACGUGCCAGUCUUUGCCCACCACCGGCUGUCCCUGCAGGCGCUCAGCACCAUGACUGCCAGUGACCUGGAAAAGAUCGGCGUGGCAGAGGCUGGCCUGCAGCAUGCCAUCCUCAGGCGAGCCCAGAAGAUCCUGGCUGUGGCCAGCACCAUCCCAGAGCUGCUCAGGACGGAGGACGCCGAGGCCCCUGCAGCUCCAGAGCCCAGCGCCCCCCUGGAGGAGCCUCCCAGCCCUGUGGUUCCCACGGCCCCCCCGCUGCGGUGGGACGAGAAGAAGGCAGAGUGUGUGGUCUGCAUGGAGCAGGAGCCCCAGAUGAUUUUCCUGCCCUGUGGCCACGUCUGCUGCUGCCAGACCUGCUGCGAGCGGCUGCAGACCUGUCCCCUGUGCCGCAAGGACAUCGCACAGCGCAUCCGCAUCUUCCACAGCAGCUAGGCUGGGGGUCAGGCUGCCAGCGGCGCCUCCGCCGCCCCGGACGGGGCCACCUCCCUCUUCUGCUCCCUCUCAGCACCGACGACACUCGCAGAGCAUGCCCAGCACUGCCCUCCCCGUGCACCGCCGCACCCAGGAGUCUCGGCAGCCUCCGCGUCCCCUCCUCCUGCCUGCCUGCCCAGCAUCCUCUCGCCCGGGAACGGUGGGUGCUGCAACUGCCUGCACCCGGGGCCCCUCCUCUCUGGGUGAUGUCUGUGCCUCCGGAAAUGCCCUUGCUGAGCAGCUGGCACUUGGUGCCAUCUCUGAAGCCACCGUGACCUUGCGGCUCUCUCGCUGUGGCCUGGGCACUGUCAUGCUCCUGCAUGGCCCCCGGGUGGGAGAAUCUCCCGUGGGGGCACUGGGCUAGGGGUGUGCAAUGCUCU